UUUUUGACGGGACACAGAGCGAUGGCUCCCGUAGGCCCAAUACGGAUAUGUGCCAUCCUGUGGCUGUUCUGCGCAGUCAGUACAGGAGCAGAACCCAGUGAGAAUACCACAACCAUCAAGACGAUCCGAACAACCAUCCUACCAUCACGGACAACACGGACCGAAUUAAAGGUCUCAAGAAGUCUGAACCCUCACGAAACUCAGACUCUUAACGUGAGAACCAAGUCGGGCCACUUAACUCAAUUAAUAGUUAAGAAAAAAGACUCAAAGUCAACUACAUACGGUAGUAGCACUACCCCGGCCCCGACUACGAUACCUAUAAAAUCAACACUAACGACAGCCAGAGUCAAUAACACAGACGAAAAUAAAAAUAAGACAGAAAUAAGGGACCAAAGGAAACUACAUUUUAAUUCAGUUAGUAGCGACCUAGCUGGAUUCGAUUACUAUAUAAACAGAAAUAAACACGAAGAUUUCGCUGAUGUAAAAGCAGAAUAUGGUAAUUGGUCACCCGUUUCUGUUUAUCCAGAAUCUCAUAUCCAGGAAGAUGGGAAAAAGCCGGAAGCGGAUCCGGAAACGUCACAUUAUUAUCCCACGUAUGAUAACGACAAAAAGACGGAGAACAAGAGAGUUUAUAUAACAUCAGCUAGCUUCAAGGAUUAUAACAGCCCUAUCAAAAGCUACAGAUUCGACCCACACAAUCCUGUUAUUAAGAAUGAUAGAAACCCAGUGUACAUAGAAGUAGUAAGUACAAAAGUUUCUGAUGAUAACGAAAAAGUAUUAAAUGUACCUGACCCAGUAAUGGUGAGUUCUGACUCUAUGUAUUUCAAAAAAGCUUUUGAAAAGUAUCUUAACAAACGUGGCAGAUCUAUAUUGACUCUUGGUGAGGAUGGAAUACCGGAAAUACAAGGUAUUAGAGUGCCCGAUGAUGAAUCUGAUAAAAAAACUUGGAGAAAUGCUAGAGUUGUGAACGGAGAAUUGGUGCCCUAUCCUGAAGGUUACACUCCACCGAAGGCUAUACCCGAAGCCGACGUUUACCCAGACAUAUCUGCUAUUGAACCAUCACAAAAUCUGGGACCAUUUACCAAAGACGAUAAUUUUGAACAGAAAGAUGGACCCUUCACAAAAUUCGAUAACAUAAAAUUUGAAAAUGACGACUUCAUACCUUCUACAUACACCUACAAACCUAAAAAAGAAAAUCAAUACUUUAAAAAUGGUUACGGACCGUUCACGAAAGCAGACAACUCUAAAGUCGCAAAUUCCAAACUUAUUGAAUAUAUUAAGCAGAUUAACGAACAAGAAUUGAAACGGGAUUACUUUAGUGGACGCAGCUCUCGAGCACACAUGGGCGACUUAGAGUAUGCCGAAAGUCACAUUCAAAGACGUAUGUUGCAACAUCCAGGAGAAGUAAAUUUCCCGAAUUCUGUUAUGUACACGCCGAAAAAUGCCAAACCAGGUUUCGAUGAAAGUGUCAGAAAUCCAGUACUCCAGUACGCUCAUCCAGAACUAGGAGUUCAACCUGCGAAGGCUACACGCGAUACUGUUGAAAAUCACGACAAGGAUCGCAAAGUCAAAUAUUACACAAAUGUGCCAAAGAGCGCUCACCCUUACCCAAUGGAACCAAUAAAUGGUUACAACCAGCAACGCAGUCAGAACAAUGGUCCAAAUGCUAACAGAUACUAUGAAGAUGAAUAUAACAAGUUUUCAUAUUAUGACCAUUCCCACAACAGAUACCCGUACGGUUAUGGCUUCGUGAAACGAGUUCCUGAACCGUCAUUAUGGCAAAGAUUUACGGAUACAAUGAAAGAUACGAUAAACACCGCCAGUGAAACUGUGCACCAGUUCACAAGGCCUCUUAUAGAUCCAAUCGCAAAAGUAACGCAACCAGUCCUCGAUCCUCUUGUUGAAGCUACUCAUAAAAUAUCACAUAACUUAGGCUUUUACCCGUCCAACUCCUUAGAAAGUCAGAGAUAUGCUCAAGACAAGAUCGGUGUAGCGGCAGCAGCAUCAGGAGCACCUGCAAUGUUACCAGCUCUAGGUCUUAUGGCUGGAGGAGCUGCUCUUGGAUUAGGAGCCGUGGCCGUUGGACGUCUGCUAGAUGUAAAUAUAAUGCGUAGUGCCAAUGACGAUGACACUAUUGACGAAAUUGAAAAAGAACAUAAAAGAGCUUUAAGUAACGCUCCCUAUGACAUCGAUAGGAAAAUAUUAAGCAGCCAGAAGUAUUACGAUGAUAAUUACAAAAUGCCAAGUGAGAACGUCUACGUUGUGAUGUCGCCAGACAGUGUUGAAAGUGGCCGAGCGAAAAGAGACGCAGUGAGCUUCUAUCAACCUUACAAAAAUAUUUUCGUGAGACAAAGGCGUAGCGUCAAAAAAGCUUUGGGAUAUGAAAUGCCAGAUGACUUGCAACAUUUGGACAGAAACCCGACUAGCUCGAGCCUGACGUCAGCAGCAUUGGACCUCGUGAAACAGACGGAUUGGAGAGACUCCCAAUGCGCCAAAUUCACGUUCUGUAAAGUCUUAACUUCUCAGUCUUCGGAUUCCUUGUUUGCGAUGGAGAAGAAAAUGGAAUCUCUUCUUAAAAUGAUUUCCCGCGGUAACAGCGCCAACGCAGCCGCCGUCGCCCACCAACUGGGUGACGUGAUGGCGGCCAGCAGGGACCACGACUGUAACAGGUUCCACUGCGACUCACGGCGAUAG